UGAAGGGGUCACUAGGACAGCUGGGAAGGGGUGGUAGCUAGUGUGAAACAUAUCUUUCCUUCGCCACCCCGGGCGAAAGAUUUCUCUUCACUCUGUCGCUUUAUUUUGCCUAAAAUCGUCACGAAUUGGCAAUAUUAUGUGUGAACCAUUGUAUAUUGCUAACAUCGCUUAGAAUUCUGCCCUGACUACGGUGUAUUUAGCGACAAAUUUGCUUAAAUUUGCUCUGUUCAGGAGGGAACGCUAUCAAACAACAUGGCUGACAACCAAGAAACCACCGAGGUAUUGUACGGCAAAUUGAUGCAUUAAUUACUAAUACUUGUUUUCUUUGGUCAGGUAUCCGGCAGUACUUAGUUGUAUAUCUUUAUAUAUUGAUCACGACAUAGUGUGUUUCCAAGAUUGAACGUGGAUUUUCGAUUUUCGAAUCGUGUUCUCGGCUACAAAGUGAAACAACGGUGUCGGAUGUCGACUGUCUCCUUAUUAAUAUAAUGGCGCGAUCAUGAAGCUUCCGGUUGAUAAAAAUUCUGGGCCCUAUUUCCUACAAAAUUAAACAGCUGUGUCCUUUAAAAUUAGACGCACAGUUGUUCCUUGUACAGAGUUUUCUUCCGAGCAAGUAAUUCAAAUUCAUGUACUCGGUGCGCUUAAGUUGUGUUCCAUAUGUUUCAGCUGUUUUUAAUAUUAUCGCCCGAGGGGAGUUGUGAAGGGUGUUUUACCUUUUCAGAGAUGAGGUUGAACUUAAACAUUGAUGCCUUUAAAAGAAUAACGUCUUUAAUUUCUCACAGUAAUGUUUUUUUUUUUUUAAAUAACAAGCGAGAAGACAGUUAUAAUCUUCAAUGCUGAAGAGAUUUAUUGUUUUUGUUGAAGCUAUAAAAACAUAGAAAUUAUGAUGAUCAUGAGACCGGGAUGGAAGGGUUCAAGGAUGUGGAUUAAAAGGCAAGCUUUUUUUUCCACACAAGGGAAAUUCUUUAAAUCAACCAGGGUAACAUGAGAAUUGUCACAGUCGGCACUGAAUUCUGAUCUGUGGAAUUUUUCGAAAGAAUUUGUCAAAACAAGGUAAUGUGGUCUGUUUCCCUGAUACGUAUCUGUCAUCAGCUCUUCCAAUAGCAUCUCUCUGAUAGAGUAUCAUUUGUCAUCAAUCUUAAAGAAGUGGGCUAUUGUUUUGACCUAUUUUGAACUUAGUUUUACUCUGCAAUAUGUAAAAAUAGUUUUUUUUUUAUAACUGUUGUAAAUAUUUCUUCCCAGGCUAAUCAGACAAACAUAUCUCCUAGUGAGGACAAAUCAGCAUCUCAAAAUACUCCUACAUCUGGUAAUUUUAUUAUUUAUUUUUUUCAGAGUUAAUAUUUCAUUUUCGAGACAUUUAAUUGCUACAGAGAAUUAGUUCAUUUUAUGUACUUUUGAUCAUAUUUACAUGGAAAAUAUGCAUUAUAAUCAUAAUAAUAAUUGUUGUUAUUAUUAUUAUUUUCCUUUUAGAAAAUUGAUUUUGUGCUCAAAAUUCAAAGUUUUUAUGCAUGGUAUUUAAUAGUAUCAUGUUCACUUGUUCAGGUUUUUCAUGAAGCUAAAAUCUGAUCACCAGUUUUAUAGUUUAGCAGGCCUAAAGGUCUAUAACUUUUAGGAUGCGAACAGUGUGCACAAAAUGUUUGAAAAUCUCGAACUCCAGGUGUCUUUAGGAGAAACAGCUCUCAAAUUAUGCUUCCUAGAGCAAUUGCCUGUUGCAAAUUUCCCCCUACUUCUCCCACUUCCCACCCUUUCCUAUCACACCUGCUGUACCCCUCUUGCCCCCUAAUAUCACAGGCUCCCAUCCCCCCCCCCUCCCCAAUCCCUUCCCACUAGUUACAUGUAGAAGAUAACUGGCGUGAGCUCUUGCGUAUGGUGCUGUGUCAGUAGGGGAGUGAAAAAUACACCCUUUAUGUGGGCAAUUUGCUCUUUCCAGUGUGCAAAGAAAGUCAUGCCUGAUAGCCCAGAGCUAGUGGAUUUCUCGAUCCGGCUUGUACAUGUAAAAUUAUGGGGGGAAUUCAAAUAUUGCAUAAGUACUGUAAAGGCCAAUUUAGACAGUAGGAUUUGUACUUACGACUAUCGUGCACGACUCGACUAGCAUAUGUCAUGACUUUUGACCAUCCACGCACACACAGUUUUCACUUACGACAUCCAAACGUGUCGUAGGGAUGUCAUGGGUCUAAUUUACACGACACAAUCUGAUGUGAAGUCAUGACAUAUGCUAGUCGCACACGAUACUUCUAAGUAAAUAUCGUACCAUCUAAAUCAGUGUUAAGAAAAUACAAAAUUCCUAAUAAAUUUACGUGAACUGAAAGUCAUUUUUAAAGCUGUUUUUUUGACAAAGUAAAAACUGCAAUAAAAAGACCGUGUUGGGCUAGACGUGGUGUGAUUUGCACAAUCUUCACAGCAGUUAAAAAUUAAUACCUUAGUAGUGAGUCUCCUGAGACUCCUAAAGCUUUGUUUAAAUUAUACUCAAAUGUAGCUUUCUGCAAUGAAUUAAUAGAGCAAGUUAUUAAUUAGCUAAUGGUGUAUUUAAUUGAUAACUAUUUGAUAACUAUUACAUUAACUAUCAAUCCUGCUGGUCAAAAUGACUUUUAGGCUUCUACUAGACUGUUCACAGUCCCCUAUUUUUUGUGAGAUCGUCAAGAUAUCGGCACAUCUUACCAUUAAUAAAUGUUCAGAUCACCAUUGAUAAAUGUUCAGAUCAGUCAAUCGAUCUUUGCGUGCUACGGGCCGCAUUCCUUGAAUUAUUUUGCGUCUUUGGGGAUUUUUAUGUGUCAUGGACGCAGGACGCAGAGGUAACAGAAUCACUGCGUGCUAGCUACAGCUUAAAGGGCAAGUUGUAAAAUUGACUUUUUUGGCACCUGUCUGUUUUAAGGUUACUGCUUGAAACAGCAGCUUGUGGAUUCAGGACUCAAAAUAACAGCCAGUCAACAGACCAUGUCCUGCCAAAAUGUCCAUUUUCCGGACAAAUUUUCAGUUUUGCAGUCAUUUUGACUGGUCAAGUACAUGGCUUUCAAAUAAAUAACUAGAUUUAUUAGUUGAGCUUGCUUUACAUGUAUCAAGGAGACUCUAAAAAUCCAUGCGUUUCUUUCCUUCCUUUUCUCAGGGUUUUCAACAGUUUUUGAAAUAGGAGUUGCGUUUAUUUGAGUAGGAGUUGCAAGGCCCGGAGGGCCUUGCUCUCUAGGGGGGUCUGGGGGCAUGCCCCCCCCAGGAAAUUUUGAAUUUCUAGACUCUUGGAGGCGCAUUUUCCCGCAUUUUGAGACGCAGAACUAGCAAAUUUUAGAUAUCGAAAAUACUGAUAAAUUUUGAUGAAUAUUAGGGUACGCUUUAACCACAUUAUUACCUGCAGCAUCCUUUUUCUUUUUCUUGUUUGUCACUGUCAGCGACCACAUCUCCCGUAAACCACGCUGUCGCUUUUUGGCCAUUUUGCCGUGUUCUUGGAGACGAAAUGUGGCGUUUUAUAUAGACUCGCUUCAGAAACCGCUAACUACAAUGUUCCCUGUAACUGAGACCCAGUCUUCGACUCGUCCUCAACGUUUACUCAACGUAUUACGCAGAGAACGUAUUUUAAAAGCAGACUCAAGAUGUUUUGUCGAAAUUCUCCAGAAAAAUUUCAAGUUUGCUUGCUCGCAACAGCUUUGUGAACACUUACCACUUUUUAUCAAAAGUUUUAUUUGUCAUAUAAUUUACCUAAGGGAAAGUAGGCGUCGCAAAUCAAAAAGUUGCCGUCGGAUGCGACGGCCGACGGCUGAUUUUGAAAACACUGUUUCUAUUUUUUUCAUGUGUGUACACUAAAAUGGGUCAUGGUCCCAGGUGUCCCUAGCGGAAACUGUGGAAACUGGGGAUAGAUAUCAUGACAUGACAUACAAAAUUAUAUUCAAGAGAUGUCAAGCUUUUCCAGAACUGGUUGGUCUAUGAAUUCUAUCGCUUGAAAGCAGGGCUGUGCUCUAGCAGAGCCCUGUGGCCCCUGGCGCCUACUUUCUAAUAUUUUUCUCUUGGGCGACUAGAAAAUCUUACUUUCUUCAUACAGAUCUUAUGCUGGACACCCUUGAUUUUACAGGUUCAGAGCUCUAGGCUGCCUUCAAUUUUCCUUAGAGCCCAGCCCUGGACAGUGUUGUUUACUUUGGAACAAGUGAAUACUUAAGUGGUGAACCUUUAUGAGCAAAACUUCAACAAAACUUCGAUGGUGAUGCUAACUUGUCGAGUGUUGUAACCUUUCAUUGUAUGCAAAUGAGUCUUGUGAUGAGCAUGUGUUUUUUUUUCGACAAUGAUUGAAUUAAGGACUCGCCAUAUUCAUCACGUUUUUGCUCUUUGGCAAUGAUGUAAUUUCUUUGUAAUCAAGGCCCUUUAUUCUUGUGUAUUUGUACAUGCGUACUCCAAGAAAAAAGAAAGAAAAAUGUGUGAAGAAUACUUGACUGUUGAUAAAGUAGGGUCUGAAAAACUUUUGGCAAGGAAAUCCUGUUUCGUGUACAAUGUUUUUGUAGUCUGAAUUUAUCGCCCUCUAAUUUCUUAUCUAAUCUCCAUGCAACAUGCUCAACUUAACACUUUUUUAAGAGUCUUCUUGUUCGCAUUAAUACUGGAAAUUACAAAAACAGUUAAAUCAUAAAAAUAUUUCAACUGCUUGCAGUCACAAAUUCGGAGAAUGCAUGUACACAGUGAAAAUGGUAGAGGUGCAUGUAGCCUUAUCUCAACGUCUUCCGCCCCUGGCAAAAUAGGUCUCCCAAGACCUAAACAGGAAACGUAUUCGCAAAAAAUUGCGUUACUUCCGAUUGCUCCCAAAUUUGGCACAAAGGAAGUUAAUAGAUUUAGCCAAUCACCUGCCUAGUUCCAGCCCCUGUGGACUUUUGACCGUGACACACUGAGCUUUCGAAAAUUUUGAAUUUUAUGGCGAGUCGCGAGGAAUUUUUGUCAGCCGGUUUUGCGAAGAAUGCAAGCUUGUAUCGAGGAUUGUCAACCAAAUACAAGUCAAGCAAACUAUUCUGAAAGAUUUUGGAGGAUAACAAGCAAAAUAAACGCGAAAAUUGAAGUAAGGAAACACUUAGAAUCUGUGCAUGCAAAUCGCCGAUCGCCAAACUCUGUGCCACAUGUUCUUGAAACGGCGACGAUUUCCUUCCCGUUUUGCCUUCGCUUCGCUUUUCGCCGUCAAAUUCUUGCUUGUUUUGAUGAAUUCUAUCAGCAAAUUCAUGUCUGCUUGUCUCCAACUCGAUAUUUCUUUGGGAAUCGAGGAAACAAAGCGUCUAAGUGAAGUAAACAUGUGGUCACGAGGUGACGCCAAAGGAUUAUGCUAAUUAUGAUAAUCUAAUUAGCAUAAUCAUGAGAGAGCGCAGAAAAAUAUUUGUAGAAAAUUUCUAGUCGCUCCAUGUUUUAGAACGAUUUUAGUUUUUUUUUGCUUAGAUAUUGAUGAAAAAAAUUUCUUACUACCAUAUCACCCAAAAUAAAGAAGUUUCCUAGCUGAAUGACAUUCUUUAAAAUUUUUAAAAAUUUUUAUGCAAAAUAUGCUUUUUAAAUUUUAUGGUGGCGGAAUAUUAUGGGUUUCCUACGACCAAAAUAUUUUUUUUUCGAAAGGGUAUUCUUUUCCCUUUCCAAUGAGGUAUAGCUUGAUAUUGAACUGUAAAUAACACCGGAGAUAUGAUUUUUUUAAAGUUACAUGGCAAAAUACAUUAAAAUAAUAUAGGGAAGACGUAGAGAUAAUUAUUCUGCAGCUCUGUGUAUGUCACCUAGUAACAUUGUCAUUACGGUUUAAUGUACACUGUAGACUGGGAGCAGUCUCUUAUUUUCUUUUGCAAAGUUAACGCACGAGAAGUCCAAGCACGCAAGCGGCAAAGGCAAGAGCCUCGAUAAACGAGUGCGUAAGCCUGAGAAGAAAAAAUAAGACAGAGGGUACUCUGUCCUCUGUCUUUUCUCAUCUGGUCCUUAUCCCUUAUUGUAACAUAACCUCGUGGUUUGCAAUCGCACUGGCUGUGAUAAGAACAAGACAAGAGAAAAGGCAGACUGCAAGCAGUCUAGGUUUGAUGAGCAAUUUUUUUUCAACAAUAAUGUAUCAAGUUUUUAAUGUUGUUACAUUGCGAACCCUGAGUUGUUGAGGCAUACUUGUACGAGGUGAUAUUUUUGUCUUGCUAUUACUUUGAAACAUGAGCCAUAAUUUCAACAUUUUUUGACAGGUCAUAAACAAGCCAUGAGCAUGCUUACUUUAGUGGGCUAAGAUGACCUGCCACUGUACAAAAAUUAUUUGAGCCCUGGGAUUAGUGGCCAAUAUACUUAAUUGUUAAGUCAGUUGAUAAAACUGAAUAUUUCUUUCCCUUUUAGAUGAUGAGGAGGAUGUUCACUACUGUGGUAGAUGCAAGUUGUCAUUCACAGAUCUCUCUGAAUACAUCAAACAUAAAGCAAACAAAGUUUGCCGAGAUGCCAACAAGAGUACUCUUACAGAAGUUGUAAACAAGCUACCUAUCAGUCCUAACCCAUCCCCUGAGAAAUCCAAGCAAAAGAGCAGUAAUGCCACAGCAAGUCCAACCACUAAUGCUGGUGAAAAGUCACAGGAAAAUGAGGAAAAAAGUGACUCAUCAUCAGAGAAAAGAGUUGAAGUCCAGUUUCUUGAGCCACUUGUGGCUGGGGGAAGUGAUAGUGGACGAUCAGCCGGUGAUGAAGAUGAUAGCAAGCCCAGUAAGUGUUAUUUUACUAAACAAUGUGUACAUGUAACUCCAAAAUAUUAUUGUAAUACUGCAUUUCCUUAAAAUAAAUGCCUGGUUGCGUAUUUCAAAUAGGCUCUUUGCAUGACUUGAUCAAGUGACCAACUUUCCGUAAACACAAAAACAUUUCACUUUUUAAAAAUUUUGUUAGGACAAGCUGAAAGAGCAUGUUAAAAUUAGGUAACCUGAGAAUUUUCAGCCGUAUGCCUCAAAAGUAGCGAUUGCAACGGCCGCCAAAAAUUAGAGGCAUUUGUAUGAGAAACCAAGAGCACAUCAAUAGAACAAAAAUUAAAAGAGAAGAGAUGAUGCACAUAAAAGAACUCUGCAAGCACAUAAAUAAUUAUGAAGUGAAGAAACUACACAACAAAAGUAGAACCCCGGUAACUCGAACUCUAAAGGGAAACGGAAAACAGUUUGAGUUAGCUGGGAAUUCAAGUUAUCGGAAGGAAAUUUAGUUUGAGUUAGCGGUGAAUUUAAGUUAUCCGUAUUCGAGUUAUCAAGGUUCUACUGUAUUCUCCCUUACUCAUUCCACUGUAGUUGAAGCCUGACAAGUUAAAUUAAAGUGGCAAUAGAAGCUGGUUGUCCUUGCAUCCCUUCUAUUUAAGAAGGUGGUGGGAAGGGGAGCAGUUAUUGUUUCACCUCUGCAUCCUACGUUCCUGAUGCAUAAAAUUUCCCAAAAAUGCAAAUAAUUCAUGGCAUGCGUCUCGUAGGACAAAGAUUUAUUGAUCUAUCUGAACGUGAGUUUUUGUCGAGUAUCAUGUUUGUGUAAUUUCUGUGGCAGUUAUUAUGGCUGUUGUUUAAGGAUGCAUAUUUCUUUUAGCCUUUGUUGUGCUUUAAAAUACGUGUAGAUUGACUAUAUUUUAGUUUCAGUAUAUUGUGAUACAGCAUUUUGGAGUAACUGUCUGAUUACAUAAAGGUCCAGGCAUUUUCAAUUUAGCACUCGUUUUUUGAACCGGGACUCAUUGGUUCUGAACAGGGACUCAUGAUNAUUGACUAUAUUUUAGUUUCAGUAUAUUGUGAUACAGCAUUUUGGAGUAACUGUCUGAUUACAUAAAGGUCCAGGCAUUUUCAAUUUAGCACUCGUUUUUUGAACCGGGACUCAUUGGUUCUGAACAGGGACUCAUGAUGUUUGACUUACUUGAUAUUAUGGCCUUGCAAUUGGGGAUGGGUGCUUUUUUGGGAGAGUGUGGGCGCUUAUUCGAGGAAAUACGGUAUCCUUUGUGUCCGCACCUUGAUAAGUGACGUGCAAGAACUACCAAAGAAGUUUCAUUUGAAUGGUCACACCGUAGGAUUUUUUUGCCCACAGACUGAAAAGUUAGAGCCGCCUAACAAGACUUCAUCUUUCCAUCUGGGAGUAAAGGGUGAAAGUGCUGAGAUCAUGAGGAAGAGUAGCGGGUAUUUUUUGGAUAAGUCCAGUUUAUCCUUGUUUUUAAAAAGCACCUUUACUCUCACAGGUAAACCAACCAAACGGCACAAGAGGAAAAAUUCGCAUCCUAAAACGACAAGAAAACGCAAAUCUUCUUCAUCUACACCAGGAUCCAGCCACGAAAAAACAAAAGAACCACGGAACAAGAAAUCUUCCAAACCAAAGGAUGAUACCAUCACUGUACACAUUCCAGAAUCCCAGCUUGUCCAUCUUAAUUCAGGCUCAACUUCUUCUCCUUCUUCCUCUCCACCUGGGGUUGUUGUUCGCAAACAAGGUGCGACUAGUGUCUUUGUGCCAAUUUACCUCAAUUCUCCUUCCAAAGUGUACAAAUGUCAGCGCUGUCCCGCCGUAUUCAAGACUCUGGAUGAGAAAGAAGAACACAAUAAGAUGCACAAGAAGGAGUUUAAAUGCAAUUUGUGCUCCAAGAGUUUCUUCACUGCGGGUGGAUUUGAGCAGCAUCGGUUGAACGAAUCACACUCCCAUCCGUGUGAUCAUUGUGGAAAGGUUUUUACCAGCGUAGUUCAGUUAAAGAAGCACAAGACGUCGCACUCAACAAACAGGCCAUAUGGUUGUGACCAAUGUGAAAAAGCUUUCUGCUCCCCGGCAAAUCUUAGGUCUCACAAGAGAACAGUACAUGCUACAGAAAAGAAUCACAAGUGUCCUGAGUGUGGCAAAGCAUUUGCGCGCAAAGAUAAAAUGAAAAGGCAUUCGUUGAUUCACUAUCCUGAUACAAGACCCACUUUCACCUGUCCGUUUCGUAGCCACACGGGCUGCAUGAAGACAUUCUACCGUGAAGACAAGCUUAAGCGUCACCUGUUCACACACUCAAAGGACAAGCCUUUUAAGUGCGAACAGUGCAACAAGGGGUAUGCACGCCGGGAUAACUUAAACGAUCACAUGCGCAUCCACACUGGAAUCUACAGUCACGUUUGCCGGAUGUGCGAGAAGGGUUUCCUUGGUCCCCAUAAGCUGAAAAAACACAUGAGGUCUGCCCAUAAGCAUGUUGAUCCUGAUCAAGUGCAGACACGCCCGCCCCCUCCAACCAUGGUUCCUUUGGAUGAGAGCAGCCCAGCUCUCACUGCCGCUCGCAGAGAGAGGCCAGCACCCGCACAAGCCAAUGCCCCAGCUAAAGCCGGGCAAGCAGGAUCUUCGACCGACGAGGAAGCUGAAAGUGAGCUGUCAUCGCCGGAGCUGCCAUCAGAAGAUGAAAAUGAUGAAAGUUUUGAUGUUUCAGCGUCCGAUUCUGGAGAUGAGGGAACUUCUGAAGAAGUUAAAACAGGCACUUCAGUGUCCACCACUCCACACCCGGUCCCUCCCCAGGCCACUGCAACGCUUACUCACGCCCCAACCCCUACUCAUCAUGGCCCAAUGCCGCGUGUGCGCCCCGUCCCGAGAGUCAGUGCAGCCCCUCAGCCAUUCAUUCCUCCGCCUUUGCCACCAGGUCUGCAUGCCACUGCAGAACUGUUGGCAUUUUCUCAGGAGCUGUUUAACGUGGUUGGGAGAUUUCAAUCGUGACUUUUCGUGACUUUUAAAAGUGAAAACGUGGAAGAUUGUGCGCGGGUGAGACUGUUAUCAAGCAAAAUACAGCUUUGUAACAUUACUGUUCUAUUAAAAGUUGGAAGUGUUCUCUUUGAAAGUCAAAAAUAAAAAGCGGCUCCUUCGCGUGGCGCUUUUUAUGAGAGAGAUGUGCAUCACGCGGCGGUGAGUUGUGAGAGUAACCGUAUUCUCCGUCAGGGUUCGUACAGAUCAUGAAAUACCCGGAGAAUCAUGAAUAUUUAAUAAUUUCAUUUUGCAGGCAGUCAUGAAAACUAAAGUUUCGUUUGUUAGAAUAACUACUGCUGGUGCUAAAGCAAGGAUAACGGCACGAUUUUUGGUGGAAGCCAGCGUUUGUGUCUAUUAAACGGAGUAAGUUAAAAAAAAUAACCUAAAGAAAGGAAAGUCAGUUUCAAAUUUUUCGAAAGUGACAGCCUGGAACUUGAAAAGGUCGUGGAAAAAAUCAUGGAAAGUCAUGGAAUUUAAAGAGCUGAAAAGAGUACGAACCCUGGCGGUUGAUUACAGCAUUUACUAACAGAACAUUUUUCAUAAUGAUUAGAAUUGUAAAAAUGUAGCGGUGAAUCAGUACAUUCUGUGUUGAUGGGUAUAGUUUAUUCUGAUGUUGUACUUUGUUAUUCUGUGGUUUUUAUAAAGGGGUAUUAGACUUUGAUUGGUACAAACUGGUGGUAGACAAAGAUAGUGCAGUAGUCAUUGUAUUAAUCUCAAAGUAAUUUUUAAUAGAGAGUCUUAUAUAACUAGGCCGAUUGUUUAUGGACCAUCCUUAUUUUAAGUUCUCAAAAAUAAUUUGAUGAGAAAUCCGGAAAUAAAAUACAGUAGAAGUUUGAAGG